AGAAGUCAAGAAGAAGACUCGGCCCGAUUACACUCUUUGUUGGAGAUUUUUCAUUUCUUAUCAUCGUCGAGUCUACCCGUAAAUUUCCUUCUUGUGCGAAGCGCCAUCGUUUUUAGAGAGAGAGAGAGAGAGAGAGAGAGAGAGAGAAGUACGAGGCUACGAGCAGGUAUUGGGAUUUGGGACUCGGGGUGAGUUGAAAGAAAGACUUGUGUCGCGUGUGGUGGUCGGUGGGUAUAUCUAUUGAUCUACCAAUCCAUGUCGGUUUGAAUUCAAAGUUGCAGAGUAGCGAGAAACGACGGCCAUGUCCGGUCCGCGUCUAGACUUACGCACCAGGGAGCAAGUUAUCAAGCAGUCCACUGCGUCGUUCUUCUCGAGCUUCUACACAUUUCUCUUUCUAUCCCUUUUGCUUUUCUCAUUCCGUACGACUGUUGAGAACGGAACCCUACACGUCACCUCUUUCAUCGAUAGGGAUCCCUCUCUCAAAGCCCUUUUAUCCCGCCUCGAUCUUGCUGGCAAGAAUGCCAGAUCUUCCGAAGGUCUUAGAUCUCCUGACGCCGUUAAUAGGCGACGUCGACCUUUUCUUCACCUCAGCCGUAUCGGAACCCUAGACGAUGAUUUCUUCUCCGGAGAAGGCGAUGAAGAUCGGAGUCUCUUUGGGAUGGGUCGUCGUUCCCCUGUUAAUGGUAGUUCUGUGAAUCUCAGCCAUUUUUUCAGUCGCGAAGGCAAAUUAGGGUUAUCGAAUUCUGAGGAGAGGUAUGGAUUUAGGCUUUCGGAGGUUGUUGGCUCUGGAUUUCUUUUCAAGAUGGAGGGUUUGUCUUCGUCGGGUGACGGAGAUGGUAAUGUUGAAGGAACUGAGAGGGCGGCUUUGGAAAAGGGAGAGGAAGUCGACCGCCCUGCGGAUUUUCAGUUAUUUAUCAAGGGUGUCCGUAUCGGUCGUCGUGAUGCUGCGGCCUUGUUCUUUCUGGUGAGUUUCUUAUCCGUAGCAUAUGGUUGGGUGAUUCUGGGCUAUUUGGUGACGCAUUCUUGCAUUCUCGGUAUUGUAUUCUAUACUGUCGUCAACGACCAUUUGGGAAGGUAUCAGUCGUUUAGUGGAACGGUUAAGGCUGGUUCGCGUUUGGGCAUUCGGAGGCUUUCUGGGUUUAUACUCAUGAGAUGGGCUGUUAAAGAUGCCUUGACCCAACUCCUUGGUCUGUGGUUUUUUGGUGAAAUUGAGGAUCAGUAUUCAUUCUUUAAACUGUUUGUGCGAUUGAAGCUCAUGCCUUUCUCCAUCAUUUCUCCGUGGAUCCGGGGUUUUGAGACUGAGAUCUCAGGGUUUCUGUUUACGUGGUUUUUGGUGGAUGUUAUUGUGGCCUUCAUUUUUGCGUUGGAUUGUUGGGUCGCAAUUAUGGACACAAGGAGGAGUGGCAGGGAAGUCGUGAAGGAAGGAUGCUACUUAAUAUCUACAAUGUUAAACCAGGCAGUCCAAUUAAAAUGCUAUGAAGCCAUUCUUUGUGGGCCGUUUGUGAGAUGGAUUCUGACUCGGAUCUGUGGGAAAUUGUUUGCCUCAUUUUUUCAGUCGGUAGUAGAGGUUUAUUUUAUGGUGGCAUGGUUGAUAUUUUACUUUGCUGCACGGUGUAAGGAUGGAAAUCCAGAUGGUCGGAGGUUCGGUCGGAGAAAUUUGGAGGAUUACAUUGAUGGUCAUAGAUGAUACCGCUCCUAAGUGGGCAACAGUUCACUUAGAGGCCUCAACUGUAACUGUAAAAAUACUGGAAUUUCGAGGGGAUCAAUUUUCUUUAUUAUAGGUGACUCUAUUAUUGCUAUUCAUCCAUGGCAGCAAUAUGAGCAAAGCAGCUCAUAGACAUCCCCGCAGGGGUGUUGGGGGGAAUGAAAAUAAAGUAGUUCCCAGUUGCAAAACAAUUCAUCAACACCAAGCUGUUGCCUGAAUUAGGCAUAACUUCGAGGAGAGAAAAUCAGCCGAGUAUAUUGUUUCUUAUAGCCAGAUUGCUCUUUCUAGGUCAUGCCAGAAUGAUUGUAUAGUGCAAUUGGAAUUGAUGUACUCCUGUGAUAUUUAGUGCUUAUCUGGACUGACGCAGGUGUUAGCACAAUUGGCUACAUUAUGAAUGUGCAAGGACAAUGAAGAAACCAAAUUUUUUUAACUGUUCUUGGAGAAAAACAUUUCAGAGGAUCAAUAUUUUUGAGGUUCAUAAAGAGGACUGGAAUAACAAGCUUGUGUUUAGGGGCCUCUCAGUUGUUCACCUUCAUCAGUUAUGUAUGUAAAUUUUGGCACUUUGCAUGGUUUCUGCUCUUUUUCCA